AUGUACAAAGACGUUCGAGCUGCAGUUGACUUGUGCCAUCGAGAUGGAACUUUGAAGCAGAUGGUUGCAAAAGAUCCUAAAAGGUAUAUUAAUGAGGAUACCUCAAUAGUUCCAAUGCUAAAAAUGCUUAGAGAUUCAGGUCGUUCAACAUUUUUGGUGACAAACAGCCUGUGGGACUAUACAAAUAUUGUUAUGAACUUUCUCUGUGGGCCCUGUGCUUUGGAUGGUAGUUCCAACCUCAGUUUUGAAUGGCUUCAAUACUUCGAUGUUGUCAUCACCGGCAGUGCAAAGCCAAGUUUUUUCCAUGAUGAAAAUCGUGCCAAUCUUUUUGAGGUUGAACCUGAGUCUGGUAUGCUUCUUAACACUGAUAAUGGCACUCCUAUGCCUCAGGUGGGAAGUACUUCUAUAAGGCUGCCACUUCAGAGAUCAAAAAGUACUCGCAGAAUUUUCCAGGGAGGCAAUGUCGGUCAUCUGCAUAAACUACUGGGUAUUGAGUCAAGUUCACAGGUUCUUUAUGUUGGGGAUCACAUCUAUGGGGAUAUUUUACGCAGCAAAAAAGUUCUGGGUUGGAGGACAAUGCUUGUUGUUCCGGAGCUUGAGAGGGAGGUUGAACUUCUCUGGGAAUUAAGGGAUACACGCAAGCAACUUCGAUUGUGGAGGAAUGAGCGCGAUCUCAUUGAAGACAAAAUAGAUCAUUUGAAGUGGUCUCUCAAGUUUGAUGGUAUGGAUGGUGACGAGAUGCAGAAGCUAUCCUCUGAACUUAACAAACUGGAGUCUGAAAGGGAACAAGUCCGGCUCCGUCAUCAACUGGAUCAAAGAACAUGUCACCAAAAGUUCCACAAGGUUUGGGGACAACUAAUGAAAACUGGCUAUCAGAAUUCUCGCUUUGCACAUCAGGUGGAGAGAUUUGCUUGCCUGUAUACUAGCCAAGUGACUAAUUUGAGCCUAUAUUCCCCCAGCAAGUAUUAUAGACCCAGCGAAGAUUUCAUGCCCCAUGAGUUUGACAUCCUUGGCGUGUGAAGAACGCCUUGUCACUGCAACUUUGUUAAGACAUCACAUUCAAAGGGUAAUAAGUUGUGCCUAAGGCCAGCAUGGAAGUGAAGCUUUCACAGGAGUUCUCUUCUCCUUGUUCUCAUGGCAAAUGCAAGGGAGUUGGUUGGUUACCCUUCAAAAGACCACUAAUAUUAAAGUUUUUUGGAACUGUGUUUUUAAUGGAAUUUCUUAGCCUGAACCUGACUAUGGCACAAGCGCCAUCAUAGUAGUGUCUCUCCUUUUGUCUAAUUGCAACCUAUGAGAAUUGCAUUAAGCCUUUUAAUCAAUGUCGCGACUUUUAGACAGGGCCGAUGAAUCAAUGGCUAUACAGUACAUGUCAUUUAAGCUCUGUUUGGUUGACAUUAAUUGAUAAAGACUGGUUAUAGCAUUUCCAGUAAAGGGUUGUUUUGAUAUCAUGGUAUCAAAUAG